AGAGCAAGGUUGAGGGAAUCCCACCGGCCUCGGCUCUCCUCUCAUCUCCCAAGCCCUUCGUCCCUCGCAGACCGACACAGACUACACCUUCCCCGUGAUGGAUCAUCAGCUCCAUUCUCCAAUAGAACAGCACCAGCUUUCUUUCCAGAGUAGCUCCAGUACUACCAGCGACAACAGCAACAGCAGUACCAACACCACCUCCUCUGCCGCCGCCGCCGCUACCGUCGUUGGGGACGCCGCCGCUGCUGGUCCUAGCAGGAGGGGGAAGGGCAAAGGUGGGCCCGAGAACGGGAAGUUCAGGUACCGUGGAGUGCGGCAGCGGAGCUGGGGGAAGUGGGUGGCGGAGAUCCGAGAGCCGAGGAAGCGGACCCGCAAGUGGCUGGGGACCUUCUCCACCGCGGAGGACGCAGCCAAGGCCUAUGACCGGGCGGCGCUCAUCCUUUACGGCCCACGAGCGCAGCUCAACCUCCAAACCUCCUCCUCCGCUGCCGCAACCGGCCAUCACUCCAACAGCACCACCGCUGCAGCCUCCACCACCACUACUCUUCGGCCGCUACUCCCUCGUCCCUCCGGCUUCCCCUUCCCCAUACCUCCACCGACCGGCGCCUCCACUUCUUACAACUACCCGCCCCCGUUCCUAUACGCCAACAUGACCGACAGCACGAUCAUGGCCCCCGGGCCCGCUAUGGAACCACCAAGCGUAGAGGUCGGAGCGUUAGGGACCGCGCCGGGACCGGUCGUGGCUGCGGGGCCUAGCAGCCUCGGCUUCAGCGAUCCGGCCAUGGAGGAGAUCAGCUCCUUGGCAGGGUCGGUCAGUUCGAGCUUAUCUCUCUCAUGCCCGCCGGUGAUGACGACGGAGAGCAUGGGCUCGGCGCCACUCGUGUCCUCACCAUUGUGGCCUUACGAUGACUACGAUGUGGCGGCUUCUUGCCUGUGGGAUGAGACCGACCCAUUCUUCUUCGACAUAUGACAGUACAAGCAAUUAGGGUUUACUUUUGCAUGCAUGGUGAUCCGUUCCAAGAAUCCAGAAUUCUUCGAUUAUAUUGUUCUUUUCAUAAGAUUUUUUGUAAAUUAUUAGCCAGUUUGCGUGUUAUACUUCGAAGAAGCAUGUAGCUUUGUGGUGAACCGACCGAAGGAUUUGCUUUUCUAGGGUUUGGGGAUGAACGGAAGAGGAAUAAAGAACAAGGGUCCGCUGCAUGUAAGGAGGGAGCAACAUGCAACAGAUGGGUUAGUUUAUUAUGUAUAUUUUCUUGGAAGAAUGUUACUUGAUUGGUUUUUGGAACGAUGCUA